AUGACAACUCUCUCAUUCUCGCUCGCCCCGCAGGCGAUAUACCAACUACAUGAUGCUUUAAUGUGUCUGGCAAAAUUCGACGAUAGUGUGGCAAUAGAAGCUGAAAUUGACCUGCUCCGUUUAAGCGUCCUCAAUUCGACCAAGACGGCUUACUCUGCAUUUAUCUUCGAGGCGGAUAGCUUUUUUGAAUCCUACUCGUUUGGUAGAGUGAGGAAUGGCAGUUCGUCUAGGACUGCUCAUCCGGAAAAAUUCAGCUGUCAGGUGUUGAUCAAGGCCCUCCUAUCGGCCUUCAAAGCGAAGACGAGUGGACGUGACAAGGACACUUCUGUCGAACGGUGCGAGGUCGAGCUCCAGGAAGAUCUAGAUGAAAGCGAGUGCCGACUCGUCAUCAGAUUGAUAUGUGGACUUGGCGUCAUCAAGCUCUACAAACUUACAUAUGAACAUGUCCAUGUACAACAUGCCAUAUUCGACAGGUCCAAAGCGACAAACGAAUGGAGCAUCGAACCAAAGUACCUGAAGGAGAUAACAGAUCAUUUCGGUCCCUCAGCGGAGCAUCUAGAUAUCUACUCCGAGCAAGGCAAGGCCGUCUUCACCAGCUUCACCACGAAAAGCUCAGACGGAAAAGAAAUCCUUCGCCAGCCGGUGCACACCUCCGUAGCUAUUGAGAAAAGGGACUUCGAUUACUAUUUAGCGGAAGACCAUCUUCACGUGGCCAUCCACAUGAAGGACUUCAAGGCGGCAAUAGCACAUGCUGAGACAGCAAAUGCGAAGAUCACCGCCCGGUUCACCCGUCCAUCUCGUCCCUUGCAAUUCGCUUACGAAUCCGAGGGCGUCAAAACCGAGUUCACGCUGAUGACUAGAGGAGACUCACCCGGAGAGGACGCUCCUGGCUCCUCUCGAGCAGCGCCCCAGUUAUCCGCACGUCAAACUCCUGCCCCCGUGCAGAUAAGCCAAAGAAACACGGCUCCAGAGACUGCACAAAUGCCUCCUCCCCGCAGUCGGUCAAUUCGGCCACUCACUGGGACUUCUACCCGGGCUUCGCAAUCCAAUACCGAGACCCAACAACCGCCGCCAUCGAUGGAGUUCGACAGUCUGUUCGUUCCAGCGGAUGACGACAGGCAAUGGGACGUGCCAAAUGAUGAGGAUGAAGGUCCGGUCGAGGACGAGCUCGGCUGGGAUGCCACUGGAGAGCAGACAAGCACAGGCCCUGGGCUACGCGAUAUUGAACCCCGAAUGGCACAGACAAGUCACGAGGAGGAGGAAAUGGGCAUCCCGCCCACUCAGCGCAUGUCUCAGCUGCACGGCCUUGGCCUCUUCGACUGA